GACUGCAGCAGCAUGCAGCAUCCCCGGCCGAGCUGCUCAGGGACUUAAGGAAGAGAGGGAAGUGUGCUAGCAAAGGCCAGCCUGCGUGAGCAUCUUUGCAGAGGUGGGAACGACGAAUGUGAAGAGUUGACGGCCGAUGUUAACGACCCUCUUCUGCACUGCCUCUGCAUCUUGUUCAGCCUGCUCCUCCCACUCCAGCGCGUCCUCCUCCUCCCGUCUACGGCAUCGUUAGACAGGACUACAGAUUGAGCUGGACGGGCGAGCGGUGGACGGUCAGGUUUUUGCACCCAGCUGAUGGAUUCUUCUGUGGCUAUGCUACGUCUACACCCUUUCUGAUGGACGGAUUGUAGCUGAUGUUUGGAGCUACGUAAUUACACCUAACCCGCAAGGAAUCGUGGAUGUGUAUGCCGUUCUUUACCAGUGUUGUCACUGGCGCAUUUUCUCUUUUUGGCCGGUUGUUUUUGCCUUCUCUGAGACUGGCUAGCAGGCACUGCAGCAUCAGGACCGCAAAAUCCAUGAAGUAGUUGGGCAUGAGGACCCAGGGGCGAGCCUAAGGAAGGGCUUGAACACCUCCAUCGCUGCCACUGCUGAGGUGCUUAUCUUGAUUUUUUAUUUCCUCCCCAGAACAGGGUGUCUGGUGGGGGUCGGGGCGGUUAGCGACAGCACAGGUAACCAGGCCCCUGCAGAGCAGAGAGGGACGCUCUGGCGUAGAGGCGGCAGGCAGGACGUCCUGUGGGAUAGAUAGGGAGGAAGAAGGGCCGGCCGAGCAUCGGGCUCCUGAUGGUGGCUAUUUUUGUCUCCCCUAGCUGAGUGAUUGGGACAGCAGGUGGAAGUGAAGAUGCUGAUGGCCCGAGACACGGCCCGGGAUGAGGCUCAGAAGCUACACAGGAAGUGGCUGAAGCACCAGGCCUUCAUGGCAGAGCUGGCCCGCAAUAAGGAAUGGCUGGCCAAGAUAGAACAGGAGGGUCAGGACCUGAUCCAGGAGAAGCCGGAGCUGCGUCCCGUCGUGGAGCAGAAGCUGGAGGAGAUCCGGGAGUGCUGGUCCGACCUGGAGACCACGACCAAGGCCAAGGCCCGGCAGCUGUUUGAGAACAACAAGCCGGAGCCGGCGGUGAAGAGUUACCAUCACCUGGACAGCCAGCUGUCGCACCUGGAGCAGGAACCGCCCCAGCUGGAGCAGGCCCAUCACCUGCCCACCUUCAACCAGCAGCUGCAGAGGUUCCAGGCUAUGGAGUCUCAGAUCGGGGACAUGUACAAGGACGCAGGAGAGCUGGGGAGCUUUCAGGGCCUGGUCCUGCCCCAGCACGGGUUCCGGGGCGACCCCGAGACACAGCACGGGUUCCGGGGCGACCCCGAGACACAGCACGGGUUCCGGGGCGACCCCGAGACACAGCACGGGUUCCGGGGCGACCCCGAGACACAGCACGGGUUCCGGGGCGACCCCGAGACACAGCAAGGGUUCCGGGGCGACCCCGAGGGCGGGGAGCACCCAGGGGUGGUGGAGACCCGCAUCGUCCGCCUCAUCGAACCCUUGAAGGAGAGACGCCGCAUCCUGCUGGCCUCCAAAGAAAUGCACCAGGUUGCCCAAGAUCUGGAGGACGAGAUACUGUGGAUCCAGGAGAGACUUCCAUUCGCCUCCUGCAAGGAUUAUGGGAAUAACCUCCACAGUGUUCACCAGAAUGCCAAAAGGAACCAGGCUCUCCAGAGAGAGCUGACGGGGCGGCGGGCGCGGAUCGAGGAGGUCCUGGACCGGGCAGGGAUCAUCGCGUCAUUAAAGACUCCUGAAGUGGACUUUGUGCGCGAGGGUGCGGGACACGUCCGGCAGCUGUGGGAGGUUCUGCAGCUGGAGACUGAACGGAGGGCCGUGAUGUUGGACGCUGCUCUGCAAGCUCAGCAGUAUUACAGCGACGGAACCAAGGUGGAGUCCUGGCUGUCGGGACAGAAACUGCAGGUCGCCAGUGAAGAAAAAGGCUCAGAUGAAGCUAGCACCCUUCAGCUGCUGAAGACCCACCUGGCUCUGGAGCAAACCGUGGAAACAUAUGCAGAGACGGUGGGCAUGUUAUCCCAGCAAUGCCAGCGACUUCUGGAACUGGGACACCCGGAGAGUGAGCAGAUUACGAAGCAGCAGUCCCACAUAGACCGGCUGUACGUGUCGCUGAAGGACAUGGUGGAGCACAGAAAGACCAAGCUGGAGCAGCAGUACUGGCUUUACCAGCUCAACAAGGAGGUGGAGGAGCUGGAGAAGUGGAUCACGGAGCGCGAGGCGGUGGCCAGUUCCACCGACCUGGGGCAGGACCUGGGGGACGUAACGGUGCUGCAGGACAGAUUCACCAAGUUUGCCACAGAAACCAACACGGUUGGCGAGCAGCGCCUGGAGCAGGUGAACAAGAUGGUGAACGAGAUGAUCGACUGCGGCCACUCGGACGCGGCCACCAUCGCCGAGUGGAAGGACGGUCUGAACGAGUCGUGGGCCGACCUGCUGGAGCUCAUGGAGACCCGCAGACAGAUGCUGGCGGCUUCUCAUCAGCUGCACAAGUUCUUCACCGACUGCAAGGAGGUCUUGGCUCAGAUUGCAGGGAAGAUCAAGCAGCUGCCAGAGGUUCGAGCCUGCCAAGCCAACAUCACCAACCCCGCCACCCUGCAGAGACUCAUGCACUCCUUUGAGCAUGCCCUUCAGCUGCUGGUGGCUCAGGUGCGACAGCUGCAGGAGAACGCCGGCCAGCUCAGGACCAUCUAUGCAGGUGAGAAGGCCGAGGCCAUCAUGGUGAAGGAACAGGAAGUGAUGGAGGCCUGGAAGGAGCUGCUGAGUUCCUGUGAGGCCAGUCGUGUCCAGGUGACGUCAGUCACCGACAAGGUGCAGUUCUUCUCGGUGGUGCGGGAGAACCUCAUGUGGAUGGAAGGCAUCAUGGGCCAGAUAGGAUGGGACGAGCCCAGGGAUUUGACAGCUCUGGAAGGGAUGAUGAAACAACACCAGGAGCUGAAAGCCAAAGUCGACGGCCGCAGCAAAACCAUACAGCAGUGCGCAGAACUUGGCAAGAUUCUGAUCGCUGCAGGCAACCCUGCAUCAGAGGAGAUAAAUGAGAAGUUGGAAAGCCUCCUGACCAAGCAGAAAGACCUCGCUGAAAAAUGGGACAAACACCAGGAAAGGUUACAGCGCAAACAGGAAAGGUUCCAGUUUGCCCAGGAGACGGUGAAGGCGGAGGCCUGGCUGAAGGCCAAGGAGCCGCUGAUGGCCACCAUGGCCACCAUGGCCCCCAUGGCCACCAGGCAGCAGGACGGGCCGGCCCCGGCCCAGACCGACGAGGUUGAGCAGCUUAUACUACGCCAUGAGGCCUUCCGCAAGGCGGCUGUCACUUGGAAAGAUCGCUUCAGCUCCCUCCGCCAGCUUUCUGCUAUGGAGAAGAAAAAAGAGGAGGAUAAAAAGACAAUCCCACUCUCCAGCCGAAGGAUGUUCCCAUUAUCUUGUCUGAAUCCCAGUUUUCCCUCAACCAGUGCUACGUCUUCUUUCCUGAGGCAGACGAUACAGUCUCAUCUAGAACCCAAACCUUUACAGACCAGUUUGGAUCUGGGUGAACCCUCCUCAACCCAGAGAUUGUCCUCAACACUCGCCAGCUACAACCCUGUCCUAAACGGAUCUGGCUACCACGGACUGGAACAACCGUGCGCUGCCAAGUUGGUGAACCCCUCGUACCUUGGGAUGAACCAACAGGCUGCUGGAGGCGGAAGUUCCUCCGGUUUCUCUGCGUCCCAGACCGGUGGAACAGAAACCUCUACUUACCACGGAUUAAAUCAUCAGACCGCCGGGAGUGGAGAGAGUUCUGGGUAUUUUGGAGUGACUGCUGGGUGCGUGGCCGGGAUGCAAAACCAUCUAGGGAGUGGCAAGUUAGGGAGUUCAGGUAACAUAGCUCAGCAGACGAGUGGUGGAGGAAUAGCAAGCCCUGGCUUUCUGCCUCAACAAAACAUGGGAAGUUCUGGAUAUUUAGCCCAGCCACAGAAUUUGGGAAGUUCUGGAUAUUUAGCCCAGCCACAGAACUUGGGAAGUUCAGGAUAUUUGGCACAGCAGCCGAAUUUAGGGAGUUCUGGAUAUUUGGCACAACCACCUAAUAUGGGAAGUUCUGGAUAUUUGGCACAACCACCUAAUACGGGGAGUUCUGGAUAUUUGGCACAACCACCUAAUAUGGGAAGUACAGGAUACCUAGCGCAGAAUUACCAGAGCAGUAGCGGAUUGGGAAGCUCUGGCUAUCUGGUGCAAAAUCACUACAGUAGUGGAAGUCUAGGCAGUUCAGGUUACUUGGCACAGAGCGGUGGAAUCAUGGAUCCUAAGAUGGCGUACGCGUGGCAACACCUGAAAGCAGACUUCAUGCAGCCCAGAAUCAAUCACAUCCACAAGGCUAUCAACCCCCUCCUGGAGGCCAGCAGAGCGCAGCGGGAACAGUUCGGGGACAUCCCCAUGGCCGACAUGACGGGCCCAGAGUCAGGACUGGAGCUCCUCCACGGCCGGCUCCAGAGGGAUCCCCGCGGGAGUCGCUCCGACCCCCAGAUGGACCACCUGAGGCGGGAGAGGGAGUACAAGCUGGGCAGACAGACCUCCAGCGAGCAGGAGAUCCAGGCCCGGCUCAACGAGCUGCCGCUCAUCGUCAGGCAGGAGCGCUACCGGCGGCGUAUGGAGCGGCAGUCGUCCAGCGAACAGGAGGGCAGCAACAAGCAGAGGCUGCAGAGGCAGGACUCCAGCGAUCUGGAAGGUUCUGUGAAGGACGGAUCUGACAAACGCUCAGCGGAGAAAAGAUCCACUAUGGCAGAAAUUGUAGAACAGGUCCAGGAGAGAGAGGCAGCACAUGCACGGGGAGAGCCCUACCGACCUUCCAGCAGCCUCUCGGCACCCGUGACUCGGUUCGACGGACGUCCUCGCGCCAGAGACCGUCCCAAACCGAGGAGACGACCCCGUCCUAAAGAGCCGGAGGAAACCCGCCGGUCUCGUUCGGCUCCGGCGACCGGAGCUCCAACAACGCCCCAGCCGCCGUCACACACUGCCCAGAACGAAGGCUUCCUCUACCGGAAAAAGGCCACCAGCACGGACCUGGAGGCCCAGCAGAGGAGCCCCAACAGCAAAUCCUGGGUGAACGUGUUUUGUGUGCUGAAAGAGGGACAGUUGACGUUCUAUAAAGACGCGAGGAACCUGACGACGACGUACAACGAGGAGCCGCCCGUCGACCUCAGCGACUGCUCCUUCGACCCGUCCAUCGGAUACAAGAAGAAGAAGAACGUCUUCAUUCUCAAAGUAAAUGAUGGGAACAACUUUGUAUUCCACGCAAAAGAUGAGGAGGACCUGAAGGCCUGGACCUCCAACAUCACCACCUCCAUAGCCGAGCACGACGACAUGGCCAAGUGGGACAAGCCGGGCACGUCGUCCCUGGACCCGGACCGGUCCGAGAGGAAGGAGAAGUCGGAGGGCGACGCCGACGCCCGGUCCGAGCGCUCGGAGCUGGUGGAGGGAGGAGAGGAGCGGUCCGAGAAGGAGCGGUCCGAGAAGGAGCGGUCCGAGAAGGAGCGGUCCGAGAAGAACGACGGCUCGGAUAAGUUAGACACGUCUGAAAUUGCUGACAAGUGUGAAGGCGGCGCCGGAGGUUCCAGCACGUCUGGAAAGAGCAAAUGAAGAAGAAACACUGACAACAGACCUGGAGGAAGG